AAUAGCGUUACAAUUAUCUCGCCGAAUAUUUUAAUUUCAAAGUUUGAACAGAUAAAUAAAAUAUAAUUAAAUAAUAAAACAAUAAAUAAAAAACGUGAUAUCCAACUAAGAACUGUGAACAGUUUAAAUGUUUCGCUCUGUAACAACUAUACAUCAACAGCAAAAAUGAUACCAUCGAAUAAAAACUCGCUUAUCGCAUUUUUAUUUUCAUCGUACUGCAUCUGUUUGGUGAAAUCAAUCGAGUUGACUUUUGAACUUCAGGACAAAGCAAAAGAUUGUUACUAUGAGAAUAUAGAGAAAAACACGUCCACCACUCUGGAAUAUCAAGUUGUCACUGGUGGUCAAUACGAUGUUGACGUGAUAAUCGAGUCCCCGACAAAAGAAAUUCUAUAUAGACAAGUGAAAUCACAAUUCGACAGCCAUACAUUUGUUGCAACGGUGAGUGGACCAUAUGCCAUUUGUUUUAGCAAUGAAUUUUCAACGUUCUCGCACAAGCUUGUGUACAUGGACUUGCAAGUUGGUGAGGAAGACUCUCUGCCUGGUAUAGGAGAACAAGUGACUGUUAUGACUCAGAUGGAAACAACAUCACAAGAUAUUCAUGAAUAUUUAAACAAAAUUAUCGACUAUCAAACUCAUCAUAGAUUAAAAGAGGCCCAAAGUCGUAAACGUGCUGAAGAUCUAAAUCACCAUGUAGCUUUAUGGUCAGCUACAGAAACUGUUGCAAUAUUAUUAGUAGCAAUUGUGCAAGUAUUUAUGUUGAAAAGAUUCUUUACAGAAAAAUCACCAACACAAAUUCAAUAUAAGUCGAUGUAUUAAAACUAUUAGGUUGAGAAUAAAAUACAUUUUAUAAUAUAAUUUAAAUACCAAUAAUAAAUUAUUAUCUAUUUUCUCGACAUAAUAUUAAGAUAUGUUUACCAGAGACUUAUGAUUGAAAAGUGUUUUUUGUGUGUUAAUUAAUAUUCAUUAGUUCAGAGUUUAACAAAAACUAUUAAGAUUAGUAUGUACAUAUUAUUGGUUAUAAAUCAUAGUGAUUAUUAAAAUGCAAAUAAUUUAUAAUCAUGCUUUGUACAUUAAUGUUUAUGAUGUUAUCAAAAUCAAAUUGUUUACCUCUUUACCUACAUGAUAUUAAGCAUUAUUUAGUCAUCAAAACAUUUUAAUACUUUUAAAGUUUUUAACAUCCAUACAUUAUUUAUAAUUUUAAGUAUUUAAAUGAUUUUUAAAAUAUAUUAUUUAAACUUUUAUGUACCAUAUAAUUUCUUAUUUUGGAUUUGGAUCAUUAAAUUAAUGAAUUUGUACAUUGACAUUUGUUAAAUUGAAUUCUGUGUGAAAUUUUAAUUAUUUUAUAUUGAAAUAUAAAUAAUUACUAAUAAGGAUAUAUUACACUUUUUUUUUAAUUGUAUAUUUUUCAUACAAAUUAGGUACUAUAAAUACUUUCAUUGUUAUUAGGUAUGUUUAAAAAUUAGAUACUAUUAUAGCAUUUAUAACUAUUUCGAGGAUACCCACGUGUGUUGCUUCUAUCUUACAAACGUAUAUCAUGACACAUUUUUGUCGAAUAUGAUCAAUUUUAUGUGUUUAGUUUAAAUAUUAAAGUGAAAUCACCUAUUAUGAAACUUAAAUGUAAGAAUAUAAGCUAUGUUAUCGUGUUGA